AUGGUCGUCAAAGAGUAUGUGACCUAUAACCAGCCGCGCGACCAGGUCCACAAAUUAUGUCAAGAGGCUGCCCCUCGAAUUCUCGACGACUUCAAGCCCCAGCUCAUAAUCGCAAUCGGCGGUGGCGGCUACGUCCCUGCUCGUAUUCUGCGAUCAUUUCUCAAGCAGCCUGGCGCGCCCAACAUCCCCAUCCAAGCCAUCGGUCUCUCGCUGUACGAAGAACUACCCUCCAAACAUCCCUCGGGAUCCAACACACCCGGUGCUGUAGAAUUGCCCGGCACGAAGGUUACUCGAACGCAAUGGUUGGACUUGACAAGUUUGGGAGAGAUGGAGAACUUGGUUGGGAAGAGGAUUUUGAUUGUUGAUGAGGUUGAUGAUACCAGGACAACAUUGGAAUAUGCUGUGAAGGAAUUGGAAAAGGAUGUUGAGGCUGCCAGACAAAAGUUGGGUGGGAAGGCAGAGAAGACUGUUUUCUCGAUAUUUGUGCUUCAUAAUAAGAAUAAAGAGAAGAAGGGUCUUUUGCCGGAUGAUAUGCUCAACGAAAACCGAUACUUGGCAGCCAGAACUGUUGGCGAUGUUUGGAUAUGUUAUCCUUGGGAGGCUAAAGACAUUGAGGAGCAUGAUGAGUUUGCUAGGAAGCAAGAAUCGAAGUAG